GCGUUGAAGGCAUCACUAUGUAUUACGAUUCUCAACAAAAAAUUAGAACCCUCACAAAUCACAUUAGUAUCAUGUCAUUUAAUAACAACUCUGAAUCUUCACAAAACCCUACACCUACCUCUUCCUUUCCGGAUAUAAAUUUUUUAAAUGUCGCUCGGCAUAAUGAGGCGAAUACUGAAAGACCUGAUGAACGAAGCAUCAAACGAUGCAAAAAUGCACACCCUCUUUGGGCCUAUUUUAUAGCUUCUUCGGACGAACAAUUUAUUCAAUGCAAACUAUGCAAGCAUCCAAAUGGAACUUAUGGAAAAGGUUCCGGCAUUAGUACUAUUAAACGUCAUUUCGAAAGCAAUCACAAAGCAGAAUACCGAAAAUAUCGAUCUGAUUCGCAGGAAGUGGAACCUUACGGUGUUCAUGAUGAAGAGAAAGUAAGGAAGUUAAACGAACUUCUUGUUCGUUGGAUUAUAUGUAAUCAGCAAGCAUUUUGCGUCGUUGAGGAUAAGGACUUUCGAAUCUUUAUUUUCGAACUCAAUCCCCGUUACAAAUUACCUACAAGACAGACAGUUUCAACUUACGUCAGGUUGUUAUAUAAAUAUGAACGAGAGCAGCUGCGUAGUUAUUUUAGAAAAUUCAAUCAUAAGGUUUCAAUAACCACGAAUGCAUGGUCAUCAUGUACCAACCAAGCAUUUCUAUCAGUUACUUUACAUUGGAUUGAUGACCAAUGGCAGAUGCAACGUAUACUUUUGGAUUUCAUUCCACUCCAUGAAAGGCACACGGGUUACUUUCUGGCAGAAACGCUUUUUAAUUUAAUCGAAGACUUUGGUUUGGGAAAAAAAAUUCUGUCAAUGACUGCCGAUAAUGCUAGCAAUAUGGAUGUUUGUGGUCAACACCUUACAAGUAUGUUGAGCUUCUAUUAUGAAAAUACCACUUUUCAUCGAUUAAG